AUGUUGGAUGUAUAUGAUGAGCCACCUGCAGACUCAGUAGGAACUAUUAGAGAAUGGGCUGAUGAGCGCUCUAAUGGGAAGUUCGAUAUAGAUGAUGAGCCACCGGCAGACUCAGUAGAAACUAUUAGAGGAUGGGCUGAUGAGCGCUCUAAUGGGAAGUUGGAUAUAGAUGAUGAGCCACCGGCAGACUCAUUGGAUAUAGAUGAUGAGCCACCACAAGACUCAGUAGAAACUAUAAGAGGAUGGGCUGGUGAGCGCUCUAAUGAGAAGUUGGAUAUAGAUGAUGAACCACCAGCAGACUCAUUGGAUAUAGAUGAUGAGCCACCACCAGACACAGUAGAAACUAUUAGAGAAUGGGCUGAUGAGCGCUCUAAUGAGAAGUUGGAUAUAGAUGAUGAACCAUCAGCACACUCAGUAGAAACUAUUAGACAAUUGGUUGAUGAGCGCUCUAAUGAGAAUUUGGAUAUAGAUAAUGAGCCACCGGCAGACUCAGUAGAAACUAUUAGAGAAUGGGCUGAUGAGCACUCUAAUGAAAAGUUGGAUAUAGAUGAUGAGCCACCACCAGACUCAGUAGAAACUAUUAGAGAAUGGGCUGAUGAGCGCUCUAAUGAGAAGUUGGAUAUAGAUGAUGAGCCACCACCAGACACAGUAGAAACUAUUACAGAAUGGGCUGAUGAGCGCUCUAAUGAGAAGUUGGAUAUAGAUGAUGAACCACCAGCACACUCAGUAGAAACUAUUAGACAAUGGGCUGAUGAGCGCUCUAAUGAGAAGUUGGAUAUAGAUGAUGAGCCACCACCAGACACAGUAGAAACUAUUAGAGAAUGGGCUGAUGAACGCUCUAAUGAGAAGUUGGAUAUAGAUGAUGAACCACCAGCACACUCAGUAGAAACAAUUAGACAAUGGGCUGAUGAGCGCUCUAAUGAGAAGUUGGAUAUAGAUAAUGAGCCACCGGCAGACUCAGAAGAAUCUAUUAGAGAAUGGGCAGAUGAGCACUGUAAUGAGAAGUUGGAUAUAGAUGAUGAUCCACCAGCAGACUCAGUAGAAACUAUUAGGGAAUGGGCCGAUGAGCGCUCUAAUGAGAAGUUGGAUAUAGAUGAUGAGCCACUGGCAGACUCGGUAGAAACCAUUAGAGAAUGGGCUGGUGAGUGCUCUAAUGAGAAGUUGGAUAUAGAUGAUAAGCCACCACCAGACUCAGUAGAAACUAUUAGAGAAUGGGCUGAUGAGCGCUCUAAUGGGAAGUUGGAUAUAGAUAAUGAGUCACCGGCAGACUCAGUAGAAACUAUUAGAAAAUGGGCUGAUGAGCACUCUAAUGAGAAGUUGGAUAUAGAUGAUGAGCCACCACCAGACUCAGUAGAAGCUAUUAGAGAAUGGGCUGAUGAGCGCUCUAAUGGGAAGUUGGAAAUAGAUGAUGGGCCACCGGCAGACUCAGUAGAAACUAUUAGAGAAUGGGCUGAUGAGCGCUCUAAUGAGAAGUUGGAUAUAGAUGAUGAGCCACCACCAGACUCAGUAGAAACUAUUAGAGGAUGGGCUGAUGAGCGCUCUAAUGAGAAGUUGGAUAUAGACUCAGUAGAAACUAUUAGAGAAUGGGCUGAUGAGCGCUCUAAUGAGAAGUUGGAUAUAGAUGAUGAGCCACCACCAGACUCGGUAGAAACUAUUAGAGAAUGGGCUGAUGAGCGCUCUAAUGGGAAGUUGGAUAUAGAUGAUGAGCCACCGGCAGACUCAUUGUAUAUAGAUGAUGAGCCACCAGCAGACUCAGUAGAAACUAUUAGAGAAUGGGCUGAUGAGCGCUCUAAUGGGAAGUUGGAUAUAGAUGAUGAGCCACCGGCAGACUCAGUAGAGGCUGUUAGAGAAUGGGCUGAUGAGUGCUCUAAUGGGAAGUUAGAUAUAGAUGAUGAGAUUCCGGCAGACUCAGUAGAAACUAUUAGAGAAUGGGCUGAUGAGCGCUCUAAUGGGAUGUUGGAUGUAGAUGAUGAGCCACCGGCAGACUCAGUAGGAACUAUUAGAGAAUGGGCUGAUGAGCGCUCUAAUGGGAUGUUGGAUAUAGAUGAUGAGCCACCGGCAGACUCAUUGGAUAUAGAUGAUGAGCCACCACCAGACACAGUAGAAACUAUUAGAGAAUGGGCUGAUGAGCGCUCUAAUGAGAAGUUGGAUAUAGAUGAUGAACCAUCAGCACACUCAGUAGAAACUAUUAGACAAUUGGCUGAUGAGCGCUCUAAUGAGAAGUUGGAUAUAGAUAAUGAGCCACCGGCAGACUCAGUAGAAACUAUUAGAGAAUGGGCUGAUGAGCACUCUAAUGAGAAGUUGGAUAUAGAUGAUGAGCCACCACCAGACUCAGUAGAAACUAUUAGAGAAUGGGCUGAUGAGCGCUCUAAUGAGAAGUUGGAUAUAGAUGAUGAGCCACCACCAGACACAGUAGAAACUAUUACAGAAUGGGCUGAUGAGCGCUCUAAUGAGAAGUUGGAUAUAGAUGAUGAACCACCAGCACACUCAGUAGAAACUAUUAGACAAUGGGCUGAUGAGCGCUCUAAUGAGAAGUUGGAUAUAGAUGAUGAGCCACCACCAGACACAGUAGAAACUAUUAGAGAAUGGGCUGAUGAACGCUCUAAUGAGAAGUUGGAUAUGGAUGAUGAACCACCAGCACACUCAGUAGAAACUAUUAGACAAUGGGCUGAUGAGCGCUCUAAUGAGAAGUUGGAUAUAGAUAAUGAGCCACCGGCAGACUCAGAAGAAACUAUUAGAGAAUGGGCAGAUGACCACUGUAAUGAGAAGUUGGAUAUAGAUGAUGAUCCACCAGCAGACUCAGUAGAAACUAUUAGAGAAUGGGCCGAUGAGCGCUCUAAUGAGAAGUUGGAUAUAGAUGAUGAGCCACCGGCAGACUCGGUAGAAACCAUUAGAGAAUGGGCUGGUGAGUGCUCUAAUGAGAAGUUGGAUAUAGAUGAUGAGCCACCACCAGACUCAGUAGAAACUAUUAGAGAAUGGGCUGAUGAGCGCUCUAAUGGGAAGUUGGAUAUAGAUAAUGAGCCACCGGCAGACUCAGUAGAAACUAUUAGAGAAUGGGCUGAUGAGCACUCUAAUGAGAAGUUGGAUAUAGAUGAUGAGCCACCACCAGACUCAGUAGAAGCUAUUAGAGAAUGGGCUGAUGAGCGCUCUAAUGGGAAGUUGGAAAUAGAUGAUGGGCCACCGGCAGACUCAGUAGAAACUAUUAGAGAAUGGGCUGAUGAGCGCUCUAAUGAGAAGUUGGAUAUAGAUGAUGAGCCACCACCAGACUCAGUAGAAACUAUUAGAGGAUGGGCUGAUGAGCGCUCUAAUGAGAAGUUGGAUAUAGACUCAGUAGAAACUAUUAGAGAAUGGGCUGAUGAGCGCUCUAAUGAGAAGUUGGAUAUAGAUGAUGAGCCACCACCAGACUCGGUAGAAACUAUUAGAGAAUGGGCUGAUGAGCGCUCUAAUGGGAAGUUGGAUAUAGACGAUGAGCCACCGGCAGACUCAGUAGAAACUAUUAGAGAAUGGGCUAAUGAGCGCUCUAAUGGGAAGUUGGAUAUAGAUGAUGAGCCACUGGCAGACUCAGUUGAAACUAUUAGAGAAUGA